AAAAAAAAUCCUUAACAUUCUAUUCAUUAACGCGCAUUUAUUAGCUCCAAAGGCGAGAAGUUGCAUUUCGUAAAAAAAAACACUUUAAUAAGUCAUUCAGAUUUUAUUUGCUUCGAAGAUUAUAGUAUAUGUAUUAUAGACUUUUAAACCUCUUAUUUUGAACUGCUCGUAUGAAUCACCUUGUCUUGUUUCCAAGAUGAAAAGAGCUACAGGUCAAUUUAGGAUAAGUAAUUGUCGAAAGUCCUGUUCUAAUCUCUGGGAACCUCUUACCUAAUGAGAGUCGAUCAGUUGGUUAUGGUGUGGUGAUUCACUGAACGGAUUUAAUACAAGUAUAUACAACAUAACGCGCUCUUUUCUUAUCGGCUCAUGCUUCUGCUCCAAGUUUACAUUUGGCUCACGAUAUUUGUAAGUCACUAAAGUGCACAACAGAGAGCCAAUGGCACCUACCCACCUUGUAAUGAUGUAUCUUUUUCGAAAAUCCCUAAAAAGAACAUCGAUACGUAUGAAACUGCUUCAGGUACUAGUCUUGAUGGCGAUGACGAUUGCUCCAACAGUGACAGUAUGGAGGAUUUCAGUAAUGCUACUACUGAUACUGAUGAUGAAGAAAAAGACUUCGUGUUUACGAAAAAAGGAUGGUUUUGUAAAACAACAAACAAGUACUUUGAUUCUAAUCCUUUUUGAAGAAAAUUGCUUUUAUUGUAGUUAAAUAAUUAUACCC